UAAAAACUAAGUUAUAAGACACCAUUCUUGGUGUUGAAUAUCUAAUCAUUUUGGCGUUUGAUUUGUGCAUUUUGUAUAUUAUAUGUGCAAAUGCGUGAAGGAAUACAAAAUAGAUUUUGGGAAUAGAUAUUCACAGCAGCACCAUGUUAGGAAUAGAUUCUUCUUAUUCUACGGACGCAAAACCAUAGUUUUUUUUUUCAGAAGGAAAAGCAGAGGCAGAUUAUAGAUUGGAGGUGUCAUCUCCAAUUGCAAGGUAGAUAAUGUCUGCCUCACAGCUCCUACGAAUCCUUCAAACCCUUCCAGCUGGCGCUGAUAAUGAAAUCUGUGCUAUCGAUACAGAUGAACUGGAGGCAAACACAAUUAGGAUCUCUAGGUGUACAAAUCCCUUUUUAUGUGACGAAGAAAACAAAAACUCCAACUUCUGGAACAACCCAGAACUCGAAAGUUCAAUUUUUGAAAACGAUUUUACUAAUAAUCAAGAACAUAAGACCACUGGAUUUUACAUUGAUAAAAACGCAGUAGAAUGCGAGUUACCGGAGUUGAUGGUAUGUUAUCAAGAGAGUGAUUUUCAAGUUAAGGAUAUCUGCAUUGAUGAAGGUAUACCUCAUGAAGAAACUAUUGCGUGCAGUUCCCUUUCUGUCAGUGAAGAUGGUGAUGACAUGAUUGAAGCCAGUCUUGAUCCCGAAUUUUUUAACCAUCAAUGGUUGAGACCUUCAUAUAUUACAGAUUGUCAAGAAAAAAUGAAUUUAAGUACAAAUUUAGAGGAUGAUGUCUCCACAGAUUCCUCCAAUAUUUCUGCAGAUGAUGUCGAUCAACAAACUCUUCAGGAAUCUGAAGCUGGAAAAGUAUUGAACGAUAGCGAGAUGGAAGGAAGUGUUGCUUUUCAUAUUGACACCAACAAACCAGCAACAUAUAAUAGUGAGCACUAUGGGGGAAUGAAUUCUGACACGAUUUAUGCACUUCCGUUAGAGACACGAAGUGAUGUCAACCAUAACCACCGUGAUGUGGCAGUCGUAGUUGCCAAUCAUGAAACACGAUAUGUUGGAGAGUCGAGUUUCUCCAUGGCAGGUGUAAUUACAGAACUUAUCUCCUGCUCCAGACCUAUAACAUUUUCAGGUGGCAUCUCCAUAUCUAAUCGAUCAGAUAGCAGUGCAACAAGCACCAGAUCCUUCGCCUUCCCCACACUGGAGGCCGAAUAUAGUAGCAGCCCAGUAAGAAUGGGAAAAGCAGAGAGAAGAAGAUUGCGGAAACAUAAAGGAUGGGGACAGGGUAUCAUCUGCUGUAAAUUCUAAAUUAAGGUGCAUAGAGUCAACAAAUUUUUAAAUUUAUCUUCGUUUUAAUUUUCGUUUCUUCUUGUGGAUAUGUACAACCAUUUUAAAUGCAUAUCGGUUUGUCAACUUUUGAUGGGC